AUGUCUCCGCUGCGCUGGGGCGCUUGGCUGCUGCUGCUCGCCGGCCCCACAGCCUCCACCGCCAGCCCGGCAGACGAGAGCGGCGGGGCGCGGGGCGGGGGCCGCGGGGACGGGGAACGUGGGGCCAGGGACGAGCCGCAGCGGCAGCACCACGACUCCUCGUACGGUACCUUCGCCAGCGAGUUCUACGACCUGCGCUACCUCUCCGAGGAGGGUUACCCUUUCCCUACUGCUCCUCCUGUGGAUCCAUUUGCAAAAAUUAAAGUGGAUGAUUGUGGAAAAACCAAGGGAUGCUUUAGGUAUGGUAAACCUGGAUGUAAUGCUGAGACUUGUGACUACUUUCUCAGUUAUCGUAGAAUAGGAGCUGAUGUCGAGUUCGAGUUGAGUGCUGACACUGAUGGCUGGGUGGCAGUAGGAUUUUCUUCAGACAAGAAAAUGGGUGGAGAUGACGUCAUGGCUUGUGUUCAUGAUGAUAAUGGAAGGGUCCGAAUACAGCACUUUUAUAAUGUUGGUCAGUGGGCUAAAGAGAUCCAGCGAAAUCCAGCUAGAGAUGAAGAAGGGAUUUUUGAAAACAACCGUGUGACUUGUCGAUUUAAACGUCCUGUGUAUGUUCCCAGAGAUGAAACUAUUGUAGAUCUUCACUUGAGCUGGUACUAUUUGUUUGCUUGGGGUCCAGCAAUUCAGGGUUCUAUAACUCGGCAUGACAUAGACUCACCGCCUGUAUCAGAGCGUGUUGUCAGUAUUUACAAGUAUGAAGACAUUUUUAUGCCAUCAGCUGCCUAUCAAACCUUUUCUUCUCCAUUCUGCUUGCUUCUUAUUGUUGCACUGACCUUUUAUUUAUUGAUGGGAACCCCAUGAUCACAGCUGGAUAUGUAUGGAAGAUUGUGAGAAUUUGUUAGUGAGAGUUCCUCAGGAUGAAUGCAUUUUCUCUUGGAAUUCAUAUCACAUCGUCUAGCUGCUUUGUUGACAAUUUCAUCUUCUCAGCAAGGAAAUAACCCCUCCUUUGAGCAGUAAAGGUGUGCCAAAUAAUUAAUAAUAAUCAAGGAGCAAGUAACAAACCAUUUCCAGUGUAAUUACUAGUUGUUUAAUGAAAAAUACUUUUGUAAAAUGUGUGUGUGUAUGUUGGGGGGAAUUUAGUAAUGGACAUGUAGAAUCAAAUUAUUUAAUACACAAUUUUCUUCAAGAAAUAAAAGUUGGGGAAAUAUUGUCUGUUAAAUACUUGUGGUGCAGAUAGCACACCUGUUUCUGAACUCAAAGUCAGGGUAAUGUCACUGCACUGAUGUUUAAUAAGGAUUGCAUUGUGAUAAUGGGCUUUCAUCUCCCAACAUACUCUGAAUUUGACAAAAGCAACUCACAGUCCUAAAUGGUUCUGGUGCUUUCCAAAAUCAGAAAAUGCUUCACAUUCCCAGUACAAACAAAAUUAAACUUUCCAUUGCAGAAUUCUAAGAAUUGUCUGUACUGUGAAAAUAAUUCUUAGACACAGCCAUACUUAAGAAGCUUUUUAUUAAUGAGAGAUGAUGGUAAAUAAACAAGGAAAAAGAAAAUUAAUGCUGGUAUAAAUUCUUCAUGAUACAGAAAAAUUCCUAAACGUAUAGAAGCCACCGCAAGCUGUAAGACAUCUUCUAAUAGGCAAAGUUAUGUUUCUUUUUUUAUGAAAAAAUGUUACUUAGAUGUAAAUGUCUUUUAAACAGCUGUUUGGCAGUAACCCUAAGGUGUCUGUUCUCGCCUUGCUAUGUGCCCUAAAUCCCGUUCAUGUUAAAGAUGAGAAGCAGCAGCAGCUCAUUGUUCCCAGAGCAAUGUAAACAUGAUCUAUGGUCCUAAUACGGGAAUAAAUAAAAAGAGGCUUAAUUUCAGUUCCAUCAGAACCAUAGGUAAAGUCAUAUUUAUCCAGUGAGGAAAAAGACAAUUCAAGCAUGACAAUAGAUUUGAAUUUUUUAUCCUUAAAAGAAGUAUUAAAAAAUGGAAAGAAAAUAGUUAAGUGUUAUUGGAAAUGGGAGUUGCAGAAAUGUAUCAAAUGAUAAAUAGAUCACAACUCAUUCUAAAAUGUUUUGGGUUAUUGCUGUACAUUUUCACUGUCUACAUGAUAGGGAAUUUAAGAUUACCUUAAACUGGGAAGCAGCUGUCUCUUUAUAAAUACCUGAUCUUGCAGAUAACACGCACAAAUCUUCCAUCCACUCAAGUGGGACUUCUGCAUGCUUAAGGGGUUGCAGGUUCAGUCCCUAAUUUAUACUACGGUAUUAGGCUGUUUUACCAAGAGUACACAGGGCUUAGCAUGUUUGAGAACUCUUUAGCUCUGUGUUCUUGUAGAGCAAGGGUUCUUAAACUGGGGAUCACAAGGUUAUUACAUGGGGGGUCGUGAGCUGUCAACCUCCAUUCCAA